AAAAAUAAAAUAGACAAGGUUAUAAAUAAACGUCAUUCAUCUUCUCUCCAAAAAUAAUAAAAAUGGCAACAACUUCUAGCUUUGAAUCCAUUAGAGCUAGAGUUGUGUGGCGGACUUGCCUAGCUUCCGCCUUUCGAACCGCCUUGGCUUGUUCGAUAGUUGGUGUAGCCACCCUUUUCGGCCCCGAAAGUUUCAAGACUCAAGUCGCAUUUCCCGCUUUUUCCUACGUUACCGUUAUUCUAAUCGUGACUAAUGCCACAUUAGGUGACACUUUACGUAGUUGUUGGCUCGCGCUAUAUGCAACGAUUCAAGGCGUUUGUCCCGCUAUACUAAGCCUAUGGUUGAUCGGGCCGGGCCGACUCACGGCCAGCACGACUUCUACAGCUGUGGCGCUGAGCGCGUUCGUGGUGGUCCUGCCCGAAAAAACUCACUUGAUAGCGAAGCGUAUAGCGCUAGGGCAACUUGUGAUUGUGUAUGUCAUAGCUUAUAUUAACGGUGCGAAAACCGAACCCGUUAUGCACCCGGUUCGGGUCGCGGCUAGCACCGCCGUUGGAGUUGUGGCUUGUGUUUUAGCAUUGUUGCUUCCUUAUCCUAACCUUGCUUGUUGUGAGGUAAAAGAGAAAAGCAAGCUCUUCGUGGAAAAUGCUACCGAGAGGAUUAACUUGUUUGUGAAGGCUUUUUCAGCUGAAGACAACACUUCAGCACUUGCUUUAAUUUCUCAAGCCAAGUCCUUAGUUAACAAUGGACCCAAACUUCUCCAAGCCAUUAAAUCCAAGCAGGAAAGCAUGAAGUGGGAAAGAUUGCCUUUCAAGUUUCUAAGACCAUAUGGAGAGAAUCCAGGGGACAAAUUUCAAGAAAUCCAAACACCUUUAAGAGGGAUGGAAAUUGCAUUGGAAAAUUCCCCUUCAAUAUUCCCAAUUAGUAUUCUCAACAUAGAGCUAAAAGAUGGUCUAGAAAAACUAGGAGAUCACAUCUCAAAGCAAAUCAAGAACAUGUCUCUAGACGAGUCGUCAGCAACUGUCCCAGAGUCAAAUGCAUAUGAUGCAGAAAAGUUCCUCCAAACACUUCAAACCAUUCAACCAACAAAAAAAGACCUCCCCUCUUUAUUUUUCCUUUUUUGCCUAAAAUUGUUGUUACACAAACCAAGUUUCCCUUUAUCAUCCAAAAAAGGAGUUGACAUUGAAAUUGAAUCCAUUGGUUCCAACAAACAAGUUGAUGAACAUCAAGAAGGAUUUAUUAAAAAGACAUGGAACAAUUUGGCAAUUACUAUAAAUAGUAGAAGAUUUAUGACAUCUUUUAAAUGUUCACUUUCUUUAGGCCUUGCUAUAUUUUUUGGAUCAAUUUAUAGCAAGGAAAAUGGAUUUUGGGCAGGGUUGCCUGUUGCAAUAAGCCUUGCAGCAACAAGAGAAGCAACAUUUAAAGUUGCUAAUGUCAAAGCACAAGGGACAGUAUUGGGAACAGUUUAUGGUGUCUUAGGAUGUUUUCUCUUUGAAAAAUUUGUGCAAAUAAGGUUCUUGUCUUUGCUUCCUUGGUUCAUUGUCAGCAGCUUCUUGAGCCGUAGCCGGAUGUACGGCCAAGCAGGUGGGAUUUCAGCAGUUAUUGGGGCAGUACUAAUUCUAGGUAGAAAAGGAUUUGGUCCUCCAAGUGAAUUUGCCAUAGCAAGAAUCACAGAAACAUUCAUUGGAUUAUCAUGUUCCAUCAUGGUUGAAAUUUUGUUCCAUCCAACGAGAGCUUCAACAUUAGCUAAAAUCCAGCUCUCCAACACUUUCAAAAUCUUGCACGAAUGCAUCGAUUCAAUAACCUUAUCGUCCUCUAACAAAAACAACUCCGAGGAAAUUCAAAAGAAUCUGAAACUCCAUGUAAAUGAAUUGGGAAAAUUCAUAGCGGAAGCUGAGGCAGAGCCCAAUUUUUGGUUUUUACCUUUUAAUAGUGGUUGUUAUGGUAAGGUCCUGGGGUCCUUGUCAAAGAUGAUGGAGUACUUACUUUUUGGGUCACAAGCACUAAGAUUCCUCCAACAACAUUCAACAAGUUCAAUCGACUGGAAUAACUUAGAUGCUGACCUAAUGCUUUUUAAGGAUUUAAUAAGUACAUCCACUAAAUGUUUUGAGGAGGUUAGUUUGGUAAAAUCACUCGCGAUACUUGACAAGGAAUUCGAGAAAAAGAAAAAUUCAAUGGAUCUUGAAUUGGGAAAAAAAUCAUCAUCAUCAUAUAAUAUAAGGUCCUCAUCAUCAAGUGAAGAUGGAAUUUUGACUUCUUAUCUUCAACAUUCAAAUGAACUUGGGGAUUAUAUAGUCAAUGUUGGUGAUAAUAAAAAUAGUGAUGAAAAACUCAAAGGCCAAUUGGUUUUAAGUUUGAGUGCUUUGGGUUUUUGCAUGGAAAGUCUUGUGAAGGAAACUAAAGAAAUUGAGAAGGUAAUUAAAGACCUUGUACAAUGGGAGAAUCCAUCAUGUCAUGUAAAUUUGUAUGACAUUUCUUGUAAAGUAAGGGCUUUAGCCAAUACUGAAACAAAUUGAAAUUGGAAAAAUUGGUUGUUAAAUUA